AUGGUGAAACGGCACUGUCACUGUAAGUAUCAGGCAUCUACACCGGAUUUAGUGAAGAUUUCUUCACCAAAGGCUCGUGAUGAUCCUUUUGGUUCUUCAGCUCGAUCCGUCGCAUCAACGAUCUCAGAUCCUGUUCCUGAAGCUUCGAUGAUUGCGAACGAUCGUUUAGUUUUUCGCGAAAAUCGACUGGAUCCACCGCGUCGACAUAUUCCGCUCCGAUUACUCCUCUAG